AUUCAAACGAAUUAUGGCGGUAAUGGUCGAGCCGGGGCGAGGGUGAAGGGACGUUUGGUAUGCCCGCCGCCCUGCCUACCCUGCAGAGGUCGCCUUCACAGUGAUAAAGCUGCGUUGGCCUGUUCCUCCAGUUAUUAUGCGUCUAUUUAUCUUCAGUCUCGUUGUCAGUGUAUAUAGAGCCCCUUGAGGCUGCCUGAUAUGGUUUCAAGAGUGCUCAGAAAUAAGUUAAUGUAGUGUUAUCCCAUCAAGACUGAAGAGGGCUGUGCACCAUGCCUUUAUCAGCAGCAGUCCAUGAAUCACCCCAUUGUGGAAGAGGACAGAGGGGCAUUGAUUUCUUUUUUAAAAGUUCCCCAUCAUUGACUUCAAGUGUGACAGAAGAGAAAAGGGAUAUUUUGGCUUAUUUUAAGAGAGUGGAGAUUGCAAAAGACCAAGAGGGUCAAAGUUAUAAGUCUUCUCUUACUAGUAACUCAGAUGGCACAGAAGGUUCCUCUUCAAGUUCAGAGGGAGAUGAAGUCAAACCUGGAAAAAGUGGAGUUAUUAGAAAGAAAAACAGAUGUGAUCUUUCCAGUAACUGCAAGAAUAAUUUGAACAUAAAUGAAAAACCUAAACCUUCUAAAAGACAAAAGAACAUGACUUUGGAUUGUGACAGUGAAAAUGAGGUAAGGGCUAAAGAUGAGAGUGCAAAAGUUUGUAAUAUCAGUGAAAAGGUGCCAAAAAAGCCUUUUGACAAAGGGAGGCCUUUGAAUGGAAAUGAUACAGAUUUGGCAAUUGUUUGCUGCAAAGAGGGAACCACUAAUGACAAGAAUAACCCAACUGACUACAAAUCAUCAGAGUCAAAGAGUGAAGGGUGUUUAGAAGUAGAAAGUGAUGGAAAUACAAAAGACAAAGAGGAAACAAAAAAAUCAACUCUUAAUGAAUCAACAGAAGUUAGGAAAAAUGCAUUUGCCUUCAUGAUGGCCAACAGGGUGAGGCAGACAGAAGCAGGAAAAUCUUCACAAGAAGAAAAGCCCUUUAACCAUGGAGAGGAAGAGGAUGGUAUCAACAUAAUUUAUGAUAACAGCUGUGUGAUUAUAGAUGACUGUGCAGUUAAAAAAUGUGAGGCAGAAGGAAAAAAGAAUGCAAGCCUAAACUCUACAGCUUCAAAGAAAAAAAAUAGUGCCACAAGGAAAAAUGUGGAAAAGGAAGAUAAAGAUAAAAGUAAAGAUCUUGAUACUUCACUCCAGGACUUUGAUUUGACACCGCAUGGAAAGCCUAAGAAGAAAAUGGGAACGAAGCCAAAAAAUAAGGAAGAGAAGAUUACCACCACCUCCUCCUGUACAGAAGUUGCAAUACCAUGUGACAUUAAUCAUCCGAGCCCCAGCAAUGAUGAGAAGCCAUCAAACUGUAUAUCCUUUACAGAUUACAUCAAGAGCGCUGGUAGUAUUGUAAAGGAGAGUGCUAAAGAAGAAAAUAUUGUUAAAGAAACAGACAAGAUAAAGAAAGAAGCUUUGAAUGAGUCCAAGACAAAUGAGCUUCAGCAACAACAGGCUAACAGUAAAUGCACUCGUAAAGAAGCAAAUGAAAUAAAGAAAAGAGAAGCUAUAAGUAAUCCUAAGACAAUUGAAGAGCAAGAGCAGACUACUAACAGCAACUGCACUCUUAAAGAACCAGAUGAUGUAAAGGGAAGGGAAGUCAUGAGUGCGUCCAAGACAAAUGAACUCAAGGAACAGCAAACUUCAGACACUAACUGCACUCUUACAGAACCAGACGAAGCUAAGGAAAUGGAAGAAGCCCUGCCUAAGUCCAAAGCAGGUGAAUUCCAGCAACAGAAAACUACAAAUAGUACAUGCACUGUUAAACAUGUAGAUGAAGGAGCUAAGAAAAUUGAGCAGCAGCACCAAAAGACUUCAAACAGUAAUUUUGAGUCCAAUUUGAGUAGCAAUAUCCUCAACGAAAAUCUUAUGGCUUCUGAGGAAUGUGACGAAUCAGUAAAGAAGAUGAAAUUGGUUAGCUCUUCAGAGGUAAAUGAAAAACAGGAUGACCAGAAUAUAACAAAAGAACCAUCAAAAGCAAAGCAGGUGGCUCAUGUGCAAAGGAAGAGAGCAAAGAAGACAAAAAUUGUGUUGAGUGACUCUGACGAAGACUUCAAACCAUCCAAAGCUCUUGGGGCAUCCAGGGAGAGGAAUUCCAAGCUAAAAGAAGAUUCAAAAAGUUGUGAUAAACCUUCAGCAUCUCCAAGUAUUUCAAGUUUUUUCAGAAAGAUUAGUCAAAAGGAAAAAGAUGAAGAGAAAAACAAGACUGUCAUCACUGUACAAGCAGAUGUGCAUGCUCCCAUUGAUGGCAAUGAAACUGUUGGGAAGAGACUCAGUAGCCCACUUCAUUCCCAGGGCUGUGGAGAGUUGGGGGAGACUUCUGGUCCAAGGAAAGGCAAUGCUUCAAACAUUCAUGGUGUCAGGAAGAAUGCUCAAAAAGUUCAGAAGGGAGCACAUACUAAGUGCAGCUUAGAUGAACUUAACAAGAUCGAGCUGCUAGAGCAAAUUCCACCCUCAAAGUCAGUGAUCAAGAAGGGUUUAAGGAAAGUGGACAAAGUGGAUGAAGAUAGAAAUGCAGAAGAUAGUGAUACUGAAACAAUAAAAAGUAAGACAGCAGUGGCCCCAAAGAGAGGGGAACUUCCUAAGAAGAAAACUUUGAGAACUAGAAAAAGAAAUGUAAAAACAUCAAUAGGAGCAAGGAAGAAGUCAUUGAGGAGGAAAAGGGUUGAGUCUUCCACAUCAGGAGAAGAGAGCUCAGAAGAACUGUUUAUUAGACAGAGGAGCGAAUCCCCGGAGAAUGACAAAGAUGCAGUGGAAACAAAGAGCAGCAGCAGCAGCAUAAGUACUAAUGGGUGUCUGGAUACACCUGAGAAGUCUAAUAGUGUUCCACAAUCCUCUGAGGCAAGUGAGGAUGACAAGGAGAAUGUGGCUCAUUACACCUCACAACUCCUUCGCCAGCCAGGCAAACUCAGCUUACGUUUGAAGAGGAUUCACCCUCCCCAAGACUCUUGUGGAAAACAAAAGAAGCUGAAACUGAGAAAAGCAAAUAAAAGUCCUAAUCAUCAACAAGUUAAAAAGAUUUUGAAAAGGGCCAAAAAUUCCAGAAGUACUCAGCAGAAAAGAAGACUUUGUGCCACCCAGAAACAGAACCCCAAGGAGAAGGCAAAGAAAGAUCUAGCUGAUGCUGGCCAGGCACAAGCAAUGAAUACAUUAAUAAUUCUUGAUGAGGAUGAAGAAGACAGCACAAAUAAACAAGUCUCCAAAAAGGCAGCAGCCAAAAGGAAGGUCAGUCAGACUCAGUUGAAGCCACUUUUGCCCAAAGCUACAAAGGGACUGAAGAAAGGCUUGAUUCAGAAGACUCUCAAGAAGUCUGAGAGUGAGGAGAAGAAUGACUUGCAGCGCAGAACCCCACGCCGAGCUGCUGCUGCUGCUGCCAGGCGAUACAUAGAAGUGGAAGCUGAUGAAAAUGACAAGCCAAAAAGGUCAAAUAAAACCUCCAAGAAGGUGGUUCUAAACAAAGCUGUCAAAUUAGCCCCUAUAUUCUGCAAAAGGCCGGCAUCACCAUCAGGUGUUGAGUUACUGAAAGUUGUGCCUCUUUCACCAAGCAAACUGAAGGCUCGGCAGGAAUUCCUAAACUCCAGUGUGUCGGAUGAUGUCAGGAAACAAGUUGCUACAGAGAAGAGUGUUGAGGAGGAGGGCGUCUUGUGGCCACCCUUUCCUGAAGUGAGUCACACGCAGCAAAGGGAAGAAGGGGCUGCUCCAUGGAAUCUUAAAGAACCUCAACUGCCACUACAGGCGGAGAGCACCUAUUCUCCUGUAACGAGUCUGACAUUUACUCCGGACUACCCGUCCCUCAAGAAAAAGAGUGCACCCAGGAAUGUGGCUCCAUGUCAUGUACCCCACCUAGAACUUGGGGACAUCAUUCUUUCUCUCAGCUGCAUGAAAACAAAAUAUCCAGACUUUCCUGUGUAUGAAGUCUUUAAGGCCUAUUAUGAGAUGAAAAAAGAGGCUGUUGAGUCAUAUCAGAAGGAGGUAAAGAAAGAAGAGGUUGUGAUUGACCUUCAUGAUGAGGAAGAACAAAAUUCUAGUCGGAGGAAGAAAAGGAAAGGCAAGAACAAACUUACUGCUCUGGGGAGAGGAAAGCGACGGAAACUUGACAAUGGAAAGGAGGCAACAGAAGAGACUCAACAGAAUCAACAAGAAGAGUUCAAGUCUUUAUGGCAUGAGAAAACACCUCAUAUGUGGACACAAAUAUUCAUGCCUAAAAAUGCCAGCCAGGUUAUUGGGAAUUCUGAUAAUGUGACAAAGCUGAAGCUUUGGCUGCAGGAAUGGAAAAAUAAGCCUCAAAUAAGGCUCCCAAAAAGAAAGAAAAAAUCAUCAAAGAAAGCAGAUGACUUUGUGGUGUCUGAUGAGUCUACUUAUGGAAAUGAGGAGGAUGAAUUUGUAAGCACCUACCUGCUGUGUGGACCCCCAGGUGUUGGCAAGACUGCUGCCGUUUAUGCUCUGGCAAGUGAGUUAGGCUACAAGGUUCUGGAGGUGAAUGCCUCAUCUCGGCGCCCUGGUCGGCAGGUUAUGAGUCAGCUGGCAGAAGCUACUCAAUCACAUUCCGUCUCCAACACCUCUGCCACUGCCUCCCAAUCCUCUAAUGCCUUCACUGCCUUGUUUUCUGCCAGGAGCUCAAGUAGUGUGACAAAAAAAGACAACAGUCAAAAGGAAUAUUCAUUAUCAUCUGACAAAGCCUCAAACAAGACAAAAGGUGUAUCUCUGGUUCUCUUUGAGGAUAUUGACAUUGUGUUUGAUGAGUGGGAUGAGGGCUUCAUGUCCACUGUCAACAGCCUCAUGGCCACCACCAAGAGACCCAUUAUCCUCACUGCCACUCAUGCCUGCCCCAUCCUCUUCUCACGAAUCAAAGAGAGUUUUGAGGUCAUGGAGUUUGUUAAGCCCCCACAGAAGCUGACUGCUCAGCACUUACAGCUUGUUGCCUUAGCCAAUGGGUGUCACAUCUGUCCUCAUGAUGCGGAGUGUCUGGUACACCUCAAUAAGGGUGAUAUCAGAAAGUCUGUGUUGGACCUUCAGCUUAUGAGUCAGUCCGGCUCCAGUCAUGAGAACUGUGACUGUACUGUGCCAGAGAAUAUAUUUGAUGACGUUACAAUGGAGAGCUGCAGAGCAAUAUUCCCACAAGCAGAGACUUAUAACCAGAAGACACUCAAGAAAGCUGUAUUUUAUAAAGUAGAAUUGUGGAGAAAACUGAAUGCAAAACCAAACUACAAUCCCCUCAAUAGAAUACCAAAGGCACAAUAUUUGUGUGACAAUGAAGAUAUUUCUUGGGAGGAAGUUGAAAGUAAUCUUAAUAGUGUUUUACCAUUUCCUGUAAAUGAGAGAGAAAAAACACUUCAUAGGUACCCUCUUCAGUCUGACGAUCCUCUGCUGAAGAAAUCCACUUUAGGGAUGUAUGAAAGUUUGCUCUGUCUGGAUGAUGAACAGGAAACAGAACCAGAGCCUGUGACGCAAGCACCUGAAAAGGAGAAAUCAAGGGACUCUCCAGGUGUACAAAAGGCUUCACACAGUUGUCUGAAAUCAUUGUCAAAUCUUUAUGACUCAGUGGCUCAACUUGACAUUCUCAGUUCACAAAUCACCACUAAUGCAGAAAUAAAAGACCUUGGUUGGUGGGUUAAGCAGCCAUCUGCAGGGUUGAGUGACAAUCCAGGAGUCACUCACUCAAAGUGGAGACCUUGUAGUAAUGAAGACAUCAUACAGGAGUUUGCUCAGAGGGCAAUAAAGGUUUGUGGAAGGGAGAUUGCCUCUGCUCUUGAGGAAGUAUCUGCUAAAGACUGGCCACAGCUCUCUCUGCCUUGUGACAAGAACGAAGGAACACAAAGUUGUAUUAUGCAAUCAACCCAAUGUGAAUGGGAACGUGCACAAAAGAGGAGCGUUAUCAACAGAAUAUCAAGCCAAUUGCCAGCGCUGAACCAACUGAGCCACGGUGCAGUACUGGACUACCUUCCAGCUCUCAGGAGUUUUGCUCGGCAGGAUGAGCUGGGUGCAGCGAUGGGCAGGAGGAAGCGAGGCAGACGCUUCCUGAGUCACUUUCUACAACUAGGCUGGACCAUAUCACCGAGUGACAGAAUAUCAUUAGCUAAUGCCUUAAUUACAUAGCCUCUAUUACUGUUAUUAUACUUGGGUACUUAUUACUGCAAUGGGAUGAAUAGUUUUCCAACACUUUAUUACACAGAAGCUUUUGAUGUAUGUAAUAUUUACAGAUAUGAACAUCAGCUCUGUGUGCUGAAGCAGACGCUUUCAAGAUGGGCUUUGUAAUGCUUUUUAUCUGUGAUGUGGCACAAAAGUUAUCGCAAAAGCCAUGGUGACAUUUGAAAUAGGAUUCAGGCUGGAGUGGCCUUAGAUUUCCCUGAGCACUGAGGGGCUGAGUGAUGUAUCAGUAGAGGCAGUAAGUGAAUUUGUUGACUGGUCUUUCAAGCCAAAAUUGCAUAUUAGUUUUUAGGAGAUAUCACCAUCCUGUAAAUAAUCAUAGUGUUCUCCUUUUAUAUGGUCCACCACUAGGCUAAUCACCUUAUUUAUGAAGGCCUGUGGAAAACAAUUUCAAUUUCCAUAACUGAAAGCAGCUGUCAUGGUGGCACUCUGAUAGUUUACUUUGCCUGUUAUUCCAACACUUUUUAUAUCAUGUAUAUUUAUUACAAAAAGUUGGUGAAAAUGCUUUUAAGUAAACAAAAAAAUUAUAGAUUUUGAACCUUCAUCAAACUAGAUAUUUUAUAUAACCAUGAAUGUAUGUUUUGUACUUUUAUUGAUUUUAUCUCCUUGACAGAAUGAAAGAACCUUGUGCCUACUAUUUUAGCAUACUUUGUGAAGGUUAGAUUGGGGUGCAAUGUGGUUGAGCAGGUGGUGGAAACAUUCAUGUAGAGCAUAGGGUGGUGUACUAUGUAUUUUCUAUGAGUAAAGUAAUGUUGGGGGCAUAGGGUAUACCUGAGCAUGACCCAGGUGCUCAACUACAUCAUAUUGGCCCUUGAGCCAGUGAUGGGUUUGAACCCAUUACUCUGGGACACAAGGCAAGUGUAACAACUGGGUUACCACAGUUUACCUUCCCUGGGUACCCACUAUUGAUCAGUCUAAAAGAAUGAACAACUUGGUGACCUUCCAACCAAUUGCCCAAGCCUGGAUUUGAACCCUGACUUGCAGAUGUAUAGCUAGGUUUGCUAAUCACUACACCACCAGUUUUUGUAUGUUGAAAGUUGUAUAUAUCUUUAUCAGUAAGGCCACUUUUUCAUUGUAAGCCUUGUGUGACAUUGUUUACAAAACACGGAGGCUCACACUUAGUCUCGUGAGAUCGCGAUUCUCUGUCAUUUAGGUAAUAUCUUUAUAAUCCACAUUUGUAUUUUAAACCACAAGAUUUAGGAUUAUGGGUCUGUGGUUUACAAUUUUCAUUGCAAUAGACAUUUUGUUUGCUCACAUGAUUAAAACUUCAUGAUGCACACAUCCAUCAUUUUCUGGGUCCAAUAAUGUUAGAUGAAAAUGGAUGCUGUGAUUAUUUAAAAAAAUAAAUUAUACAGAACAGUUAUGUAGGUAUCCAAAAGAAUGACCUUUAUGGUUAAUUAUUUGAUUACAAGGAAUUAAGUUGAUUUAAUAGGUAGAUUAUCUUUUUAAAGCAUCUGUAACAUUCACUUUUAUGGGUCUCAUAAUACAGUUUUUUUUAUGAUUUUUAUAACUUUAGAUUGCUGUAAUUCCCCAUAAAGAUAUCUUAAGUAAUGUUUUAGUGAUAUUCCAUAAGUAGAAGUAAUAUGGAUUUACUUUCAACCAAAUGAGCAAAAUGACUAUUGUUUUGAGUGUCAGUUGAUCCUUGUAAAACAAAUCUAAUGUAUCAAAUACUGGAUUUCUGCCAUUUUUAAGACGUGUUUAGUGGUCUUGCAAUUCUUACAACCAAGCAACCCAGCAAUAAUUGGAGAGGUCAGGACAGACAGAAGACCAGGUGGAGAGAUGAAUUAAAGCAUUUUCCAGAGAAAAAUAGAAUACAGUAACGUCCAAAAGAGAGGUUGAAAAUCUCAAGCUGUUCUUGUGGGGUCUUUGUUUAAUCUUUUGCAGUCCUAUAAUCCUUUUUAACUCAGUUCAUUAACCAGUCAUGCACAAUUCAUUCAUAAUUUUGCAUCUCCCCCUUGCUUGCCUACAUCACCAUCUCACACCUAUUCAUUAGCAUGUCUUUUUCUGUGGUUGUUUUAGUCUUUGUUCUUUUGGUUGGUGGCAUCUCAGAAUUAGUCCAGUUGCCAAAAUAGUUUUACAUCAACAGACACCACACUUCUUGAGCUUCAGAUUCUUCAAACAUCUUUUGGCUGAAGCAGUGCUCUUUCUCAUUUCACCACCCAAUCUUCUCCAGUGCAAAAUGGAAGCAGGUGUUUCUUUUUGUAUUAAAUGUAUUUUAUAUUAGGUAUGUUAGUGUUUAGAAUAUAUAUAUAU